AUGAAUCUUGGCGUCCUUUUCCUCGGAGCUCUUCUCUCCUUCGUGUCAGUCAAUGCUGGCAUCCGUACGAUCAACCACGACCAAGUGCAACCGUUCGAAGAGAUGGAACCAACCACAGACUCGGAGAAGUCUGCCAUCAAGUACAAACCGCAACUCCAUAUUUCGAAGGGCUGCUACCCGUAUCCUGCUGUUCAGGCCAACGGCGCGAUCAGUGGUGGCUUGAAAUGGUCUGGCUGGGCCAACAGUGACUGCGAAAAGCCUGUCCAAGGAUCCCAAAUCUACUCGCGGUCGGACUGGUACAAGGGCAAAUGGGCCAUUAUGUACGCUUGGUACUUCCCGAAGGGAGCGUUUCGUGCAUCCAAAUAUAAUAGAGGUCACCGCCACUUCUGGUCGUCUGCAAUUGUGUGGACGGACAACACGAAUCCUGACAACUCGACUAUUCUUGGUGUGUCCAUGUCCGGUAGCAAGGGCUACGUGAAGAAGCCUUCUCCGAAGACGAAGUAUAUUGAAAAAGGGACGACACUCAAACUGGAUUCCUACAUUGGUUUCUGGCUGUCCAACCAGGCCCUUCGUCUAACAAAAAAGUCGGGAGGAACGCAGGAUCUCGUCACGUGGGAACAGCUAACAGAUGAAGCGCGUGAUGCACUGAGUAAGUUUGACUUUGACGCUGAUACGUCAGACGCGAUUUUUUUUUCGUCAGGCGCGACGGUUGUGAUGCCGCUUGAGGAUGGCGUCUUCACAUCAAUUCUGGAGGAGUCUUACCCUUUUAAGUAA